AUGCUCGAGGGCGAGAUUGUGCCCUGGUCGCACAGCUUCCGCACGACGCAAGGCGAGCCGUUGCCUGACGCGCCUUUCUGUGUAGAUCAAGUCUCGCGCAUGCUCGGCGCGCGAGCUUCGCCGAGAACCUCGUUCAAUGAUCUGACAGGUCUCUGGGAGCCCACCGGGUUCUACGACGCCUUUUCGCGGCAGCUGGGCGAGCCGAUGUUCCGAGCCUUGGGCGCGCGUCCGAGCCGCACGCGCACUGGCGCGAACGGUGGCCAGCUCGUGUCGCGCCAAGCCACGUACUGUGACAACCCUUCGUGUCCGCACAACCGCCCGUACGGCAACCCGGCCAAGCUGUCCGAGUGCGCGCGAUGCCUCGCGGUGUCGUACUGCUCGAAAGAGUGCCAAAAGGCCGAUUGGAAGGCGCACAAGAAGGUCUGCUGCGUUGCGCAUGGCGCCGCGUGA